GAAUAUGAUUACGAAGGCGCCGGUGGUGAUAAAUAGUCGCACAACCUCCAGGACCAAGAAAUAGAAGGGAUGAAAGCCACGGAUAUCAUAUAAGCAGUUGCGAAUCUGGAAAUCAAGUCGCUUAACCGAUAUUCCAUAAUCCAGGAAGCAAAUUUAAGAUGUACAAAGCUUUCAGCAAACCUCAAGUGUUGGUCCGCAACAGGCCAUCAACAUCGCGAACUACAAACACGAUCGAAGGACUUAAGUUUCAUACUUUAGAACCACGAAGAUACGCCCAGCCGAACUCUAAAUCAUUGUUAAAGAGAAAGCCAGGCAUGUCGGAGUCAAAGGAAACCCAAAAUAUUUCCAUCGGGAUCGACUUUAAGAACCUCGGCGCCACGAAGACCGUCAAAUGGGUGGUCAUUGUAGCCAUAUCAGUUGUUGCUACAAUGGAAACAAUAUUUUGGACCAAGAUGUUGAUGGCAAAGUUAGGGUGGGGAGAAGAGGGGGAGGGUGAGGGCGAAGAGGAGGAGGAGAAAAAAAAUGAGGAUGGGGUAAAAGAUGAACGUAAGGAAGGAGAAAAUCAGGCGAAGAGUGAGUGAGGGGAGUCUGCAUGCUGCAUCUACUACCAUUAUCGACGUUGAUGCAGCAUUUUGAAGGCAGUCAAGGGAUGAAAAGACGUUAUUACGUUUCUUGCCAUUGACAUGUACCAGACGCCGCUCACUGUGUUGUGUUCAUCUGGUAAAGCUUCAAGGUGCCGAGGAAGGAUUACGUAAACGCAAACCUAGGAGCUAGGUAUGCACAAAGUUAUGCAGGAAAGAUUUUGUACGCUAGGCUCGACUUGGGUAGAUGGUUCUUCCCCACACCAAGGAAAAAAAGACCGCUCACCGCUUUUGGACUGGCAAAAAGAAAACUAAACGGGAAAAAGAAAAGAAAAAAUGCAAGACCCUUACUCCACUUUGAUUGGUCCCACCAUCAUCCACUUUGAGCAAUUAUCGUCGAUGCUAGGUAUGAUGUGAUAUGGAGGGGCUAGAAGUUUAACGUUGAAGGGAAGAGGGGUUCUUUUUUUUUUCUUCAUGCGAAGACAAGAGGACAGAUAUUCUAUUGCUGAUCUCCCAAGAAGAAGAAGAAAAAGUUCCAGAGGAGUCACAGAGUAAUUACUAUGACUAUACGACUGUCAGUGACUACAAAGCAUGAGUCGCCCGGUAAGGCAAGGUAAAGUAGGUCAACAGCCGAGCAACAGGGGCGAAAUUGGGUCCCGAGACAUAUAUCAGCCUCCAGAGUCAAAGAGGGCUCGAUAUUCGAUAUACAGAGUACAGUGUACAUACAUCACAUACUCCGUAUCCCCGUUGAUUGGUAUCUUAAGGAAUGGAUAGAAUCCUCUGCUCCAGUCCCUCGGGAUGAAACACAUUCUCGAUGAAUCGUUACUUCAACAGCAUUCCAGUCUUCCAACCAAGUAGAUCAAUUGCCAUGACGUUAAUUGCCGUAGAUCUCCGAUGCUACUCGACAAUAUCU